GCUCGGAGCGUCCGGACUCGACGCCGUCUCGGGAUUAUCGGAGGAGCGGAUGAAAUGCCGGGGAACAUGAGCAAAGAGGACGCCCCGAGUCGGAGCGCUUCUUUGACUUUCACCAUCGACAACAUCCUGAACCUGAAGCAGCGGGACGGAGGUGGAGGAGGAGGACCGGAGCGGAGGGACGGGGGAUGUAGGAGUGAGUUUCAGGCACGGGGUGAGGAGCUGUGGGACGUCCGGAGAAGACAAGACAGCGGAUCAGAUGAGACAGCGCAAAAGAAACCUAGACUCGGGGGGAAAACACCACCGCCGUCUGAAGGCGUCAGCCCCGGGACGCAGAGGGCGCACACCGCCGAGGACGCCCCCAAGAAGCAGCAUCAUCAGCAGCAGGAGGAUGGGAAGGAGCAGCAGCAGCAGGCCAGUCCGGACACUAAAACAUUAGUGAAGAAGAAAACGCGCACCAUCUUCUCCAAGCGGCAGAUCUUCCAGCUGGAGGCCACGUUCGACAUGAAGCGCUACCUGAGCAGCUCAGAGAGAGCGUGCCUCGCCAGCUCCCUGCAGCUCACCGAGACUCAGGUGAAGAUCUGGUUCCAGAACCGCAGGAACAAGCUCAAGAGGCAGCUCUCCACGGACAUGGAGGCCCCGCUGGCCGCAGAGCAGCUGUCCGAGGCGGCGAAAAACGUGCAAUUACCGACUUUUUACAAAGACAGCAGCGGCGGCAGCGGCGUGCUGGGCGGGUGUUUGUUACCCGUGCCUUUCCCCAUGAUGUACCCGGCUACUAACAGCGCGCCUUACAUCUACUUCUCCAACACUGGCAAAUACUUCGGCCUGUUUGACGCAGACUGACGUUUUUCCUCUGUUUGGGAGCACGAGGACAGUGUGGACAUCUUUAGCUAGGACUGACACUUUUUUUUUUUUUUCAAUUUCUUAAAACAAAUCCCAACUUUGAUGUCAACAUAUCAACGACAUGCAUGUGCCACUUUUUGUCCCUCUGCAAUUCAUUAUUAUUAUUAUUAUUUCUAUUAUUAUUAAUAUUAAUAUUAUUAUUAUUAUAUAACGGUCUAACGUCAGACAAAUUUGCAUGCUUUUAACUUCCUCUGAGCUCUUUUAUUUUGAAGUCUUCAAAAUGAAUGUAUGGUCAUGUUGUCAGAGUGAAGCUGCAGCCACUUCCAACCCCCAAUAAUAUUUCUUUUUAUUUUUAAUGAAGUUUUUAGAGCAAUAAUUCAUGUGUAUUUAUAUGGCCUUAUUUCCGGUAUAUAUUCGUUGUUAUAUUUUUUGUUUUUAUUCUGAAAGAAACGUUUUCUUCGGUUGUUUCCACUCGACCUUUAUAUGACGCUGAAACUGUGAAAA